CCAAAGUGACGGUUGGUGAAGUCAUCGAUCUUGGACCAUGGCAUUGCGGCAUUGUUCAUGCCCCCAUGCCUCUCCGAGGUCUAGAAUGGCGCUUUUGGCACAGACUGGGCUUCGCCAUGCCGGAGUCGUCGGCUGACUUCCAUGGAGCUUUUCCAUGCCGUCAUGGAGCUUCUCAGAGACACCGCUUGGGAUGUGGGUAGAAAGUAUUCUUCAGAGUGUUUCUGUACACAACUUUCUUCAUACUAUUCAAUGGCAUUGAGAAUGCGCCUGUGUCGCUGAGCACUCGGUAUGUCCUUAUAUGAGCUUAGAGGAAGUAGACAAAAGCAUCCAUAUCUCUCUGGAAACUUUGCCCCCCUUCACGAGACCUGCUCCGAGACACCAUGCAGCUAUGUAGGGAGCAUACCAGAGGCGCUGUUCGGCGGGGAGUACAUCAGAAAUGGUGGAAACCCAGUCUCCAACAAUGACCUGGGCCGAGACGCGCAUUGGUUCGAUGGCGAUGGAAUGCUCGCAGGAGUCAUCUUCAAGAAGAAUGAAAAAGAAGGAUAUAUCACGCCUCACUUUGUCAAUCAAUACAUCUUGACGGACGUCUACCUUUCCACCGUGGCCCAUCCAAGUCUAAAGACACCAAUUCUCCCCAGCAUCACCACGCUGGUCAACCCUAUCUCCACCCUUGUAUAUAUAAUCUUUCGAAUCUUUCGGGCCCUUUUCCUCGUAUUCAUAUCACAUCUCCUAGGAUCUCAAGUUGCCAUUAAGAGGAUAAGCGUCGCCAACACCAGCAUAAUAUACCACGACGGACGCGCAUUGGCAACCUGCGAAAGUGGGCCGCCUAUACGAAUUCAGCUUCCUGGUUUGGAGACCGUCGGCUGGUACGAUGGUCGACUUGCGCAGGGAGAACCUAAAAUCGCGAACGACGCAGGAACUGGAGACAAUCCAGCACCUUUCGGGGGCUCGGGGGUACUCAGCUUCCUGAGGGAGUUCACGACGGGGCAUCCCAAAGUUGACCCUGAUACCGGGGAGAUGAUUCUUUUCCACUGUACUUUCAUUCCACCAUAUGUACAUUAUUCCAUCAUUCCCUCUACCCGUAAACCUAGCCACGACAUGUCUCCACCACGUAGACUCCUUAACUCUCCGAUUCCCGGCAUGUCUGGAGCGAAGAUGAUGCACGAUUUUGGAGUAUCCAAGACGCAUACGAUCAUAAUGGACCUUCCGCUCUCCCUCAAUCCCUUCAACUUACUAAAAAACCAACCCGUCGUAUCUUACGACCCUUCGAAGCCAGCUCGCUUCGGCAUAUUUCCAAGACAAGACACUUCCCAGGCUCGCUGGUUCGAGACUACAGCUUGCUGUAUCUUCCACACUGCCAAUGCAUGGGACACACUCGAUGCACAGGGUGACGUCACCGCAGUAAAUCUCCUCGCAUGCCGUCUCACAUCUGCGUCUCUCGUCUUCAGCGCCGGGAACAUCGCGGCACCUCAGGCCAUGGACUCCACCUACAAAGACGAGCGCAAACCAAUCUCCUUCUUCGCAACAUACGACUAUGACGAGGUGCUCACCGACCUACCUGUCUCUAAUAGAACGGACUUAGACCUCGAGUCUGAACGGAAGCCACUCCUCCCCAAAACUUCAUCGAACUGCCGUGCGACUCUUAAUCCCGACGACGAAGAACAAUGCCGCCUUUACUAUUACACAUUCUCCCUCACUACCCCGACCCCAACGAUCACGAGACAAUACGCCCUCUCUGCUAUACCUUUCGAAUUCCCGACGCUGAAUCCGGCCCGUGAAAUGGGAGAUGCGCGGUUCAUAUACGGCUGCAGCACGAGCACUUCAUCGUUCGGCGCGGCGCUCGGCCGAGCUACGAAGAUCGACGUUCUAGUGAAGAUGGACGUUCAUGCUUUGAUUCGUGAAGGUGGAAAAAGAUCACCGCGAAGCGUCACGGGGUGUGUCGACAAUCGAACAAUCACUGAAAUAGCGGAGAGUAGCGAUCUAGACGACGCUAUCAAAUGCUUCAAGAUGCCCGAGGGGUGGUAUGCACAAGAAGCCCGAUUCGUCCCUCGAAACCUUGGUUCGUUAGAUUCCGACGAAGAUGACGGAUUCCUGCUCUUCUACGCUUUUGACGAGGGGCAGUUGGACGAAGAAGGGGAGUGUGCAGGCACAGCGGCGUCGGAACUUUGGAUCAUGGAUGCGAGCGACUUCCAGAGUGUUUUGGCCAAGGUGAGGCUGCCGCAGCGGGUUCCGUAUGGGUUGCACGGGAGUUGGUUCUCGGAGGAGAUGAUAAGGGACCAAAGAGAGGUAGAAGAGGUUAGGAAGGUACCGGAUAGCAGUGAUGGAGAGGGGUUUUGGAGGACGGUUAAUCGGAUGAUGGUAAAGGUGGCUGGGUAAGGUCUUGGAGUUGAGCCCUCUACCUAUACCCGACGAUGAUAGAUAUUCUCUGUGUGGUCUGUACAAAUCACAGCUAGUUUUCCGGCACUCCAGCU